AUGUCGCUGCCAUUCUCAAAUUUGCCCCCUAAUGAGCGGGUUCCCUAUGCCAUCCCCCAGCUGGAGGGUGAACGCAUCACCAUUCCCGGUAGCAAGGGUGUCUUCCGCAUCCUGACUUCCUCAAAGCAGACCGAUGGCCUGAUGGCUGUGUUCACCAGCGGGUCCACCAUUUCCGAUGCUCCCGGCUUCCACUACCACAACAAAGCCCAUGAUGUCUUCUUGGUGACAAAGGGUUUCCUGAAGCUGUACAAUGGCGACAAGUGUCGCAUGAUGGGCCCUGGCGACUUUGCCUAUGUUCCACCGCUGGUCGUUCACAACCCUGACAAUGUCGGCCCUCAUACCGAACUCCAAGGCCUCAUUACCCCCGGCGACUGGGUCGACUUCUUCCGCUACGUGUCCGAGCCAUUCGAAGGCAUUCUGGUUCCCGAGACUGACAGCCGGGACUUGAAGUCUCUUCUGAUCCCCAAGGUGAUGGCUGCCAAGGGCAAGUUCGACGAUGAUGAGAAGCUGCCCGAGGGAUCAGAGGGAUACUUCCUGCGGGCCAACACGGGUCCACGCUGGAUGCUGGGCGGAGUGAUGUCUCGACCCUUCAUCACUACCAAGCAGAGCACCGGAGUGUGUGCCAUCUCCAGCAUUGAGUCGUCCAAGGAUUAUGGCGAGACCGUUCUCUCGAAAUACAUGACCUUCGCCAAGGUCGAUCACUGCUUCUGCGUUAUGGAGGGUUCCCUCAAGGUCCGUCUGCAGGGCUCUGGAGAGACCAUCUUCCGUGAGGGCGAGACCGUUGUCAUCCCUGCUGGACAGGCGUUUGCAUUGGACUUUGUGAGCAAGUACGUUAAGGUGCACUCCUUCACCGAUGGUGAUGGUAUUGAGGCCCUGAUCCACGAGCUGGGUCAGCAGGUGGAGGGCGUGGUUCUGCCGGAUCAGGCUCCCGAGUGGGACCCCUCGCAGUUGGCGUCUGUGGCGGAGCGACUGAACGUGACUUUUUAG